AUGGCAGACUUGGCAGUACGCUCAGAGCUAUUGAAUGAGCUCAGGGAGUGGUGUGAGGGGGAAUCCCUCAACAAAGCUUAUUCUUUGCUAGUUCUGGUCCCUAAAGGGUUUGAAGUAGCAGAGAUUGAAGCAACGAUUGAAACUGUCAAGGUUUUUGGACGGGUACGAGUUAGAGGACGGAGGUUUAGCCCAAACCUCAACCGAGAGAAAGUUUUGUGUGAAAGCAAGCAGCCAGUUGAUGUAAAGAGGGUCCCUUUAGAAGUGAUGCAUGCUAGUACCAAGAUGGCUUGGCCUGUUAUUUCGGCUUUAGAACGUCCAGAAGUGGACGAAAAGCCCCCACCUCCAUUGAAGCACUUGCUUGAUGCUUCCUCCUCAAAUGCUUCAGCUGAGUCUAUUAUUAGGGCUGUAGGUGACCUCUUGUCCACCAUAGAGAGACCAUAUCCCUCCGGGGAAAGUGGUAGCUAUCGUCGUCUCCGAGUAUUCUCCGGCACCAUACCUACUCCUAUAGGAGAGGAGGGUUUAGAACCAUGGCUUGAGCAAGCACACCUAAUGGUAGAGGAAAGUGGUUGUUCCCCUAGAGAGAAGCGUCGACGAAUUAUGGAAAGUUUAAGGGGGCAAGCUUUAGCUCUGGUAAAAGCAGUGCGAACAGCAGAUGCUGAUGUCUCCCCACUUAAGGUCUUGGAGGUUAUUGAGAGCUCCUUUGGAACUGUUGAAUCAGGCGAAGAUCUUUACUUUGAGUUAAGACUGAUGCAACAAGGGCCAAAGGAAAACUUGUCUGAUUUUUUGAGAUGA